GCACAUUCACUUCAAACAUAGCUCAAACAAAAUCACAUAUCACCAAUCAUAAAUACAAUCAAGCAAUAACAAUCACUUCAUCAAAUACUUAAAGCUCGUCAAACUUGAAAGAAUACGUAAGGCGUAGAAUUUACCCUUUUUACACUCACCUUAUUAAUCCAAUAAAUUGGCUCGAGUUGAACAUCCAACAGUCCAACGCCUUGCUUAACGUGCACCGGUUGUGCGAUCUCCUCCAAUUCAUCACCCACAGCCUUUGAAGCCAACAUUCGAGCCACUUUUGUGACUUGCAUUCCUAGUUUUUUUUUUGACUUCUCAGACACAAAUUUGUGUUGCAAGCCGGAUGGCAAUGGCUUACUGGCAUUGACAUGCACAUGGACCACAUCUCUCUUGGUCCACUUCUGUUGUAUGCAGUCAUACACAAAUCGUUUGUGCUGCGGGAUGGUUGCACUAGCAAAACCAAUUUGACGUUCAUUGCUUGAUGAAUACGAUGUCAAAAGCUUUUUUUUUUAAGGGAACUGACUUGCUUCGAAGAGUUAAACAAGAAAUCUACCUCAUCUAUAACCAGAACCUCCAGCGGAUCAAGCUUAAAUAUUUGCUUAUCAUGCAUUUGACACAAACUCGCUAUUGUUGCUACCACAACAGUAGGUUGUUCUGCCUUUAACCAACUCUUAUGUCUUCUCAACAUCCCUCCAUCCAAAAGCGCCAUGACAGUGCACGACAGACUUCUCCUCCAUACGACCAUGCAAUUCCAGUCUUGGUUCCUGCCGCCAGCUAGCCAAAGAAAACAUCCCUCUUAUCAACCCAUCUGUUUGGACAAUCCCAUGAAGCCUCCCGCUCGCCAAAGCAAGAUUGUUCUCCUGAUAAGGGAUCAGCUCGUAAUUGAGGGUACCAGAACGUAUGCUCUUCCACGACCCUGUUCUAAGCGAAUAGAGAUCGGAGACGAGAGGGGGGUAAUCUUGCCUCCGGAGGACGACGCAGCCGCAACCGUCAAAACCUUGAAAUCAUCGGCGCCAGAACUGAUUUGAACCCGGUCAUUAUCUUAAUUUCACUGGAGAGAUCGGGCUUGGAAUUUUUGGUGGGGAAGGGAAAGAAAAAAAAUCAGGUCAUGGGGUUUUCUUUGGGGAACCGAGAGAUAAAGCGGUUGCUCGGCUGAGGCUAGCUUAGGUUUAGAGGGAUUUUUUUUCUUUUUUUCAUAAUAAUAAAAUAAUAAUUAUUAU